AGCUGUUUCAUUUAAAGGCAACACCUGAGACUACACAAAUACACACACACAAACACACAGGGAGCUGAACACAACAGGUUUGACUGCAGACUGCAACCUUUAACAUCAAAAGAUGCUACUUAGCUUUGUGAUCCUCUUCUUCCUCUUCUCUCCAGCAACGUCGCUGAAGUGCUACGUGUGCAGCUCCUCCACCACCAACACUGAAUGCAACCAGAACAGUCAGGACUGUCAGCAGCCACUCGACACCUGCAUGACCAUCGUGGACACUUUGGGUUACAUGAAAGCCAUUGUGAAGCAAUGCGCCAGCAGCGCCACAUGCAGAGGGGCGGCCUCGACUGCCUCGAUUAACGCAGAUGGAAACGGAAACACCGUCAACUGCUGCAACUACGACAUGUGCAACAUGAGCGCAGCAGACUCUGUUCACUCCCACGCGGUGCUGCUGCUGCUCCUCACUGCUGUUUCAGUGCUGCUGUCGCAUUGAGGUCAGUCAGAGCAGCUGACGACAACAGAAAUUCAUGUAAAUACCUGUAAAUCUGUAAAAGUCUGUUGAAAUGAUUUAUUUUAUGUACAGUAUAUUCUAAGAUUAACAAUAGAGACAAAUACAGCUGUAAAAUUUGUAAUGUGAUACAUUCUUUAUGCUUUGUUAUGUAUGGCAAUAAAUACUCAUUAAAAAUGCAAAUGGGAGCAUGAAAUGAAAACACUAUGUGAAGUACUUUCAACUAAAUGAAAUGUUGUAAGCCAGACUGCCUAAAAUAAAAACAAACUGAUUUUCAUUUCAA